CACCAGCUCUCCGCCCACGCCCGCCUCUCCACUCCACCCAAUUGCCCGCGCCAUGUUUCUCCAGCGCUCAGCCAUUGCCGCCGUCCGGCGCGCGGCCCCCGCCGCCCUCGCCCGCCGCACCUUCACCACCACCUUUGUGCGCCGCGACGCGAACCCCGACUCCAAGGCGCCCGCCGCCGGCGCCAGCGCCCCCAGCAUCCUCGAGGGCCACAAGACGCUCGACCAGAUCAAGUCCAUGGACGACCUGCUCCCCGCCGGAGCCCAGCCCGGAACCAUCCCCACCGACGCCGAGCAGGCCACCGGUCUCGAGCGUCUCGAGAUCCUCGGUAAAAUGCAGGGCGUCGACAUCUUCGACAUGCGCCCCCUCGACGCCAGCCGUCUGGGCACGCCCGAGGACCCCAUUGUCGUCAACUCUGCCGGCAACGAGCAGUACGUCGGCUGCACCGGCUUCCCCGUCGACUCGCACGGCGUGCUGUGGAUCACCCUCACCCGCGAGGAGCCCCAGUCCCGCUGCAUGGAGUGCGGCUCGACCUACAAGAUGCACUACGUCGGCCCUGCCGAGGACCCGCACGCGCACGACCACGGCCACGACCACCACGAGAACCCCUACCCCCGACCAAAGAACAUGGCCGACUUCCUCAAGCCCGAGUACCACCACGUCUAAGCGUGGGCCCGCAGAGAUUUGGUCUUGUGUUUAUACGCCUGUAUCUAUACGGUCCAUGUAGCAUAGCUGGAAGAAGGAGCCGAUUAACUUUAGAUGUGGUUGUUGGGGUACAUGUGAUGACUUGCUGUGUGUGAGGCGAUGUGGUGUGUUUAGCGAUUGGAGAUUUGUGAGCUGUGUGGUCUGUGCUGAUUGUAGAUGAUGGUGGAUGUGGUAGAGGUGAGCAUGCCUGGGGGUUGGGUGUGAUGUGAGGUGAUUGGCCUAGUAUUCUGCGCUGCAGACUGUAUGUGUGCACGGGAGUUGUGUGCAGGAAGGUACACUUCAUGUCGCUCACUACAGGUCAUGCGCUGAU